AUGCCCGAUGUCUUCUUCGAGAUACAUGACGAAGAUAAGAACACUGGAAUUCGUGCUGAGCUUUGCGUGCUUUACCGACGAUUCAAGCUCCGCAAUUUCUACCUAUUAGCCGUCCGUCUUGAUUAUCACACAGGUGAACGAUGGUGCAGAAAUGCUUCCUCUCAGCUCGCGAAUGAGAUCAGGAAGAAAUAUCCGUCACGGAGCUUAGGUGACGAUGAUCUCAAGCAAUGUCUGGAUGACUAUGUUCGAAUUGGUCAAAAGUACAAUAGAUGGGCAGAAGAACUAGGCGGACCUGGUUAUUUACUUGCGUUACCUUUGGAAAUUACAGAAAGAGAGUGA